AUGUCAACUGAAGAACUGUCUCAAAUAUCAGCACAUGAACCGAAACAAUUAUCAACUGAUGACAACAAUGUGCAAAAAAACCGAUCAAAGAUUACUGGACGACAAAUACGUACAGUUCUUGUUUCAUCCACCGGAUUUUUUAUGGAUGCUUAUGAUAUAUUCGUGAUCAAUCUAGUCUUACCUAUGCUUGGCUAUGUUUAUUAUAAAAAUCAAAAUAAUACUGUUCCAUCAGAUGUUCAAGGUAUUCUCAAAGGUAUUACUAAUGUCGGUAAUCUUUUUGGACAAAUUACAUUUGGUAUUUUGGGUGAUAGUAAAGGUCGUAAAAGUAUUUAUGGUAUUGAAUUAUUAAUCAUUAUUGUAGCUACACUUGGUUCAGCAAUGGCUGGAUCAGCAGCGACUGGUGUUGGUGCAUUAGGAUUUCUUGGUUUUUGGCGGUUUUUAUUAGGUAUUGGUAUUGGUGGUGAUUAUCCGAUGUCAGCUACAGUAUCAAGUGAAUGGUCAAGUGAAGGACGUCGUGGACAAAUGCUUGCAUUAACAUUUUCAAUGCAAGGAUGGGGACAAUUUUUUGGUGCUCUAUUUGAUAUAAUUCUUUUGGCUAUAUUUAAACAUUCAAUUCAAGCUGAUCAAAUUAACCUUGAUUAUGUUUGGCGUAUUCUUCUUGCACUUGGUAUUUUACCUGCUUUAUGUACCAUUUAUUCACGAUUUCAUUUACCAGAAUCAGCACGAUAUGCUGAACAAGUUCUUAAAGAUACUGAAUUAGCCAAUAAAGGAAAAGCAUAUGCAUCUGGAAAAAAGAUUGUGGAUGCUGAAGAUGAUUCUUCACCAACAGGUUCUACUAUAUCUACAGUCAAAUUAACCAAAAAACGAAGCCACUUAAAAGAAUUUAUUUCUUAUUUUUCACAUUGGAAGAAUUUUAAAGUUUUACUUGGAACAUGUUCAGCAUGGUUUUUACUUGAUAUUGCUUUUUAUGGUAUAUCACUCAAUCAAUCGAUUGUUCUCUCAGCUAUUGGUUUUGCACCAAAUUCAGCAACAACACAACCUUGGGAAACAUUAUGGAAACAAGCUAUUGGAAAUCUAAUUAUUUCAUUAUUAGGAGCAAUACCAGGUUAUUAUGUUACAGUUUUUACUAUUGAACAUCUUGGUCGUAAAAAAAUUCAAAUCAUUGGUUUUACAAUGGAAAUUAUCUUAUUUACUAUUAUUGCUGCUGCCUUUCAUCCAUUAAAAGAACAUGCCGAAGCUGCGUUUGUUGUUUUAUUUGUUCUUGUUCAGUUUUUCUUUCAAUUUGGUGCAAACUCAACAACAUUUAUUAUUCCUGCUGAAGUAUUUCCCACACGAUUUCGAGCUACUGCUCAUGGUCUUUCAGCUGCUUGUGGGAAAGCCGGUGCUAUUCUUGCUGCAUUUGGAUUCAAUGUAAUUGUUAAUAUUGGUGGCACAAAUGCAUUUUUACCUCAAACACUCGGUAUUUUUGCAGGCAUUCAGUUUAUUGGUUUAAUGGUUACUAUAUUUCUCAUACCAGAAUCAAAAGGAAAGAAUUUAGAUGAUUUUGAAAAUAAUGACGAUGAAAAACAAACAACAGAAUCACCAGCCAACAACGAUACUAAUGUCUAA